UGACCCCCACCCUCCCCCCAGUGUCACUCCCAGUGACACAUCCACACAGGCUGAGAUACUACACAAAUACAUGUGGCAGCUGAAGACCAAGUUAAAGAUAGAUGAACUUGUACAGUUUUCUGACAUGUGGAAGAACUGGAACUUUGCGAAGUCAAAAUUACUGGAGUUUUGUGAAAGCCUGUACACCUUGUUUGGGCUAGAGAGAACUUAUCUGUUGUCUGGUCUUUUACCAUUCAUACCUGCCAAGGAUGUGGACAUAUUCAACGAUUUUCUCCAGAAACAUGAGAUCAGUCUUCCUAGACAUGGACAUGGAACUCUCAGCAGUCUAAAUGGAUAUCCUGCUUUCUAUACGAGUUCAAUAAGUGAUAUGUCCAUCAACAGCAACAUGACAAUGAAUGACGCUGACCUUGAUUCCAGUGACCGUGACUAUAACGAGCUGGACAACAUGGGCAAAAAGUUUGAGAGUAUUGAGCUCAGUGUGGGUGACACAGCCCAGACCUACUUUCCACAGGCUGGAAGCAGGAAUGGCAAGGUUUGAGGCAGCCUUGAGGGUUAAGGCUGUGGUAUACCAGUUUGAGGCAGCCUUGAGGGGUGACUGUGGUAUACCAAGGUGCCUUAUAUUGCGGCUCUAUGCAGUGUGGCAUGGAGGAUAUUGUUUGAAUAUAUCAUUAUAUGUGAUGCCCUGGACGGUAAGGAAGAUGUCCUGAACAGAACAGGAUAGUCACAGAGGAAAAAAAGAAGAAAAAACACAUGUUUUUUUUUAGAAGACUUCAUAAAAGAAUUUUAACAAUUGAAAGAAUAAAAGAAGAAAAAAAAUAUGACUCUCUUAAUCCAGUUAUAGAGGAAAAAGUAUUUGCAUAAAUACAUAAAAGACCUAUUGUACAAAGUAAAAUGCAGUACGUGGCAAAACUCGAUGAAUUAUGUAAAACUAUAUGGAUUACCAUUCUAGUCCAGUACCGUAAUUACUCUAAGUUUUCGGACACUUAAAAUUAAUUAAAAAAAUGUUGUGUCUGAAAAUUAAGAUACGAAAAAUAUUCAAAAAUUACGAGUGUCCGAAAAUUUAGAGACAUAGAUGUUACGGUUGUUUGUCAAUUUACUGAAAAUGGUAAUCUACCCAAUAACGCAAUUGUAAUGGUCCAUUGCCCUCAGGGCAUUCUAUGCCAGGAGUCAUUAAUUAUGGACAAAAAUCAGUAUGUCCGAAAAUAUAGUCAUGAAAAAUAAUUAUUUUGGCUAAAAAAGAGGGUGUCCGAAAACUUAGUGUCCGAAAACUUAGAGUAAUUACGGUAUAUAAAUUUGAAGCACAUGUUUCAGAUGUGGCAUAGCAUGCAUAGUUUACUUCUUUACAUUAAAUGUUAGAAAUUGCAGAAAUGUUUGCAACAAAGGUCAAAUGUUUGCUUUGGAAACUAAAUUUGGAAAUUCAAACAAUCAAUAAUGAACACAUGACAUGACAACAUUUCUUAUCAUGUAUUUUGUCAACACUUACAAAUAUGUGGCCCAUCAGUCCAUCAUAUUUAAUGCAAACAGAUAAGAGCCAAUCGAAAAAAUGAACGUACGAAGACAAUAUCAUUUAAGUAAAUAGAUCUUUAUUUUAAGACAUACAUGUAUGUUGG